GUACACUAAAAUAUUCUGGUGUACUACAGGCGCACUAAAAUAUUCUGGUGUACUACAGGUGCACUAAAAUAUUCUGGUGUACUACAGGUGCACUAAAAUAUUCUGGUGUACUACAGGUGCACUAAAAUAUUCUUUGUGCUGUUACCCAAAGGGUUGUUCUUAGCUUUACAGGAUGCUGUUUUUGUAGCCAGGUUGGGGAACCCCAAUUGAAACUUGGUGAUGUCUUUUUCUCUGAGCCCACUAAGAUCAAAGUAUCACUCUUAUCUAGCGUUCAUUGAGCUUUAGUGCAGAUAGUGAUUGAUUCACAGCAGACACACUGCGAGACAUAUUUUGAGUGGUUUUGGUCAAAUGACUAAUGUGUGCUAGGCAGAUGCUCAUGCUUCGCUUUCAGUGAUAACCACAGAUGAGCUUCCUGUGGAAAAAAGACUGUUUUUUUUUCAUCCACCUUGCCCCCUCCCCCAAACACCAUCACAUCAGGUAUUCGGUUAUAAAAGCAAGAUCAAGAUGAAAUUUGUCUCAUUUACAGCUCUGCUCAGACUGAUCAUCAUCUCCUGAAGCUGAAGCUGCAGCCAUGAUCGUCCGUCCUCGUUCUCUCCUCCUGGGUCUGCUGGUCAUCCUCUACCUUCAGUCCUGUGCAGUGGGACAGCAUGUGAAUGCACCAGAGGAAUGCUGUUUCACUUUCUAUCCCAGACGAAUCCCUGUAGCUGUCAUUAGUAAGUUCGAAGAAACGAGAGCUGAGUGUCCAAAACCUGGAUUGAUUUUUACCACCGUGAAGGGGGCUCGUGUGUGUGCGGACCCUGACUCUAUGUGGGUGCAGAAGGCCCUGAACAAAAUCAAACGCCAAAUUGUGGAAAGUUCAACCUAAACUCAGACGAGUGGAUGAAUCUUCUCUCUAUAUAUGGAAAAUCAACUUUCCAGGUUUUUAUUACCACAGCAGUGCGCUCGUCUCUGAUUGGGUGAAGGAGUUUUUCUGUGUGUUGUUUAAUAAGUCACCUUUGAACAUUAUUAUGGUUUUAUGUUAUCCAUAAUGAAAUAUAGGCCAAUGUAUGCAUUCAAUGCCUUAUUUUUGCCUUCAGUGUAGAUUAUAGGACAUUUUACACCAGAACAGUUUCUUUAUUACUUUGUUCUUUACAUACAUUUAAAAAUAUUUGUAAUGAAAAUUGU